AUGUCCGCGAACGGGUCGGCGGCCGUCGCGCCGCGACUCUGCCACGUGCGGAAAACCCCCGACUUCGAUGGCUAUGGCUUUAACCUACAUGCUGAAAAAGGCAAGCCUGGACAGUACAUCGGAAAAGUCGACGAUGGUUCGCCAGCUGAACUGGCGGGAUUGAAGCGAGGAGAUCGUAUCCUGGAGGUAAACGGACACAGUAUCGCCGGAGAGAGUCACAAGCAGGUUGUGGCACGCAUUAAGGAGCGUGGGGACGAUGCAGAGCUUCUAGUAGUUGCGCCGGCGCCUGGCGAAAUUGUACCUGACUUGGAAGCGCCCACGCCUGCGCCCGAGCGUACAGCGACGCCUACUGCAGACACGGCACGCGAUAGUCCGCCACCCGCGGAGCCGCCUCGGCUAAACCUGCAGAUGACAGCGGCCGAGAUGCGCGCGCAUCUAGCUGCGAAGAAGAAGGUUGACCCCAAGAAAGUGCCUAUGGAUCUCAAGUCCAAGUUUGACAUGGUACAGAAACUGUGA